AGAUGCACGUGAUCGCCUACAACAGCGAACUCUACAAAAAUCUCAGCGACGCGACCAGAGGGGUCAAGGGUUUGGCCAUCAUAGCAGUGUUCAUAGAGGUGAGUGCAUGCGGGUCAUAUGUCUCUACACUAAGGAAAUUUGAAGUCGUAGUUGAAGGUGAGCAACAUGAUUAUCUGUUCAAAACUUCUGUAAAAAUCUCAUUUUUGUAGCAACCUCCUUUCUGUAACAAUCUCAUAUCUGUAGCAAUCUCAUUUCUGUAGCAAUCUCAUUUCUGUAGCAAUCUCAUUUUUGUAACAAUCUCAUAUCUGAAACAAUCUCAUUUCUGUAACAAUCUCAUUUUUUAGCAUUAUCAUUUCUGUAAUAAUCUCAUUUCUGUAAUAAUCUCAUUUCUGCAAUAAUCUCAUUUCUGUAACAAUCUUAUUUCUGUAAUAAUGUCAUUUCUGUAGCAAUCUCAUUUCUGUAACAAUCUCAUUUCUGUAGCAAUCUCAUUUUUGUAGCAAUCUCAUUUCUGUAGCAAUCUCAUUUCUGUAACAAUCUCAUUUCUGUACCAAUCUCAUUUUUGUAGCAAUCUCAUUUCUGUAGCAAUAUCAUUUCUGUAGCAAUCUCAUUUCUUUAGCGAUCUCAUUUCUGUAGCAAUCUCAUUUCUGUAACAAUCUCAUUUCUGUAGCAAUCUCAUUUCUGUAACAAUCUCAUAUCUGUAGCAAUCUCAUUUCUGUAGCAAUCUCAUUUCUGUAGCAAUCUCAUUUUUGUAACAAUCUCAUAUCUGAAAAAUCUCAUUUCUGUAACAAUCUCAUUUUUGUAACAAUCUCAUUUCUUUAACAAUGUCAGUGAAUCAUUUUAAGAAAGGGUCAGCAUAGACAAAGCACAGUCAAAACGGCUUCUAACAAAAUUAUGGAAAGUGGAAUUAGGGCUAGAGUUUGAGCCUAAAGCCUAAAAUAUGUCUAUUGUCUGUUGUAUGUGACAUUUCCGUAAGUAUUUCUAUUGUCAGUUGUAUGAGAUACUUUCUAAAAUAUAUCUAUUGUGAGUCAGUUGCAUGUGGUAUGUCCUAAAGUAUUUCUAUUGUCAAUACUAUGCCAUAAUGCUUAUUACAACUUCUUAUUACAUCAAAUAAACCAGCCAUGCAAAGCGUACUUUAAAUGUUUGCAAGUGUCCACACGCUUUUCCAAAUUUUGGAGAAAAAAAUGCUCCAUACUCAAACAUAUAAUUCGGAACGGAAGUUAAAAUUACUAAUCAGAACGGAAGUUAAAAUUACUUUUUAGAACGGAAGUUAAAAUUGCUCAUCAGAACGGAAGUUAAAAUUGCUCAUCAGAACGGAAGUUAAAAUUACUCAUCAGGGCGGAAGUUAAAAUUACUCGUAGGAAUGUGUUCAUAUUUCUCAUCGCACGAGAUCACAGGCUGUCAAUCAACGAAUGCGUGACAGCAUCGCAGGGAAUAAAAAAAAUACACAUAAUCACAGUAAUGACUUCUGACGUCAUGAGCCGUAGAAGUUCCACAUUGAAAGAAAAUCCUUGUCAGUUUUCUACGUACCGGAAAUUAGGGUUGUCUGUAGUGUUCAUGUGAGGGUCAAGGUCAGCCAUCUUUCUCGGGUGGCUCCGGGCAGCUCCAGACGGUCGUUAUAGGUAAAAAAAAAAAAAAACCAAGAAAUUUCCUUUUGCUGGUGACGUGAAGAAGAAGAAAAGCACCAAACACAAGUCAAUUUUUGUUCUUCAGAAAUAUCAGAGUAACUCCUAAUAGGGUCGAAUAUAUUCCUGUGGUAAAGGAGAGGAGCGCCACGAAGAAGGAGUCGUGGAGGAUUGCUGCUACAACAACAUCACGAAGUUAGGGUGAGAGUGAGAGGCAAUACGAUUUGUCUAGCCAGCCGGCCUGGUGGUUCGGAGUCUCGGAGUAGUUUUUUUUUUUUUUUUUAAUUCCCGAAUGGAGCUGGAGUCUGAGCGUGUCUCUACCGUCUUCGGUUUAUAAUAUAUAAGGAGCAUGAAGAAAAGAUUUGGCAAGAAGUCAGCCUCUUGGUGUGUGUUAAAAUUGUGUAAAAAAUUUAGUUUAAUUUAUUUAAAUUUUGAAGUUUUUGCUUACGUAAGAAACCAGGACACGCAGUAACCCUUUCUAACGUAAGAUUUUAUAUCCCUUAACUACUGCAGCCCCCCCUCCCCCCCCCCCGGCCCCCAACCAAUGUCUUGAUAGCAAGUUCAAUGUUAGAGGCGAAGUUCGGAACCAAAUCGCAGCAGAGAUUUGAGCAGGGGUUUAGGUUCCACAGGGGACUUUGCACCGCUUAAAGAGGCUGGAUCUAUAGAUGUUUUUUUUUUAAAUAUAAAUAUUUUCCCCGCUUCAGGUUGGUAAAGAGAUCGACAAAUCCUUCUACUACAUCUCCAAAGAGCUCCAGUGGUUGCAGUACAAAGGUAAUACAUAAGCCACGCAUGUCUGAUCCAUGUCGGCUUCACUGCCAACAGGCACGGCAAUGUGUCGUUGGUUGUGGGUGCGUGAUGAAUGUGAACAGGGAAACUACACAUUGCUUAACUAAGAAACAGCUUAUUUCUUUCGAAAUCUUUAUUUUAUACUUUACACCCUUAAGAUAUGCAACCAAUGACCAGUUUUCUGAUCAGCCUAAUUUGAUAGACCACCGACCAUUGAGCACCGACAAUUUGACCUUUGACCACCAACUAUUGACCACCGGCUAUUGACCACCAACUAUUGACCACUAACCAUUGACCACUGACCACUGACCAUUGACCACCGACAAUUUGACAUUUGACCACCAACUAUUGACCACUGACCAUUGACCACUAACCAUUGACCACCGACCAUUGACCACUGACCAUUGACCAUUGCAACCUGUUUGAAAAAAGAGACCAACUUCAACCGUGGCCGGAUUGCGCUCUUCAGGGGAUCAGGGUCACGUGAAACAGCCAGUACAAUAACCUGUGUCACGGCGCAUAUAGAAGGGAUCUAGCUCAUAGCACAUACUUUCUAUAUAUAUGUUCUCCUUAUAUAUAUACAUAUAUGCCAAUUUUGAUUCGAUCAUUAAACAAUCAAUGUUCGACUUCAGGCAUAUAACUGACUUACUAUCAGGUUCAAAUGAUUUUUAAAAACAACAAAUAACCGGGGGGCCUCAUGUCCGGAUCUGUUGAGCCUUUGGGACCAGGGACGUCAUUUGGGUAGGGCAAGGUAUUUGCCCCCCCCCCCUUUUGAAUUUGCAGGUUUUAUAUAAAUUGCUAUGUACUGUGGCGCCUCCAGUAAUAAACAACUUAACAAGCCGACCAAGUUUUGGUUUCCCCCCCCCACCCACACCCGCUGAGAAACCUGAAAUAUAUAAAUUGCUAUGUACUGUGGCGCCUCCAGUAAUAAACAACUUAACAAGCCGACCAAGUUUUGGUUUCCCCCCCCCACCCACACCCGCUGAGAAACCUGAAAUGACGCCCCUGCCUGUGACCCUGGAAAAAUCUCACGCCCCCCCCCCCCAAGCACUGGAUAUUCCGACCCUGAAUCCAGCCUACUCCGCCCCACUCACCAGGCUUUGCCAUUUCGACGUGUUCCAAGGAUCUCUAUGCUUCCUUUUCUGUUUUGUCCCUUGGCAGAAAUAUGUCAAUUUCGGAGAUGACAUUUUUGCUAUUCGACGUUUAAAAUAAAUAAAUUCCCAAAGCAAAGCUCGCUGCGCCUUCCAAUUUCCUACUUAAAUUGCCAUGGGCGAGGAGGUUAGAUAAAAAUCGUGCGCUGAGACGUGGCGGGAGGGGGGAAGGGGGGGUGGGGUUUGCUUGUUGAGCGGAGUCGCCCAUGUAAUCGUGCACAGCCGAAUUUAUCAAAGUUUUCUGAAGCUGGUUUAAAUAAGACUGUAUGGGAGUGUCUGUGUGUGUGUUUGCGCGCGUGCAUGUAUCUAUAUGCGUGCAUGAUUGUGAGGAAGAUAUUUUUUUUUUACUAUAAUUAUUUACUCUUUGGAGAUGAAAGAAACCCUUUCUUUAAAGCAGCGGUUCUCAACAUGUGGGUCGUGACGCCUUUGGGGGUCGAACGACCCUUACAUGGAAAACACAUAUUUUUGUAGUUGCAACGAAAAUAGUUUUAUGUUUGGGGGUCAACACAACACGAGGAACUGUAUUAAAGGGUCGUGGCAUUAGGAAGGGUGAGAACCACUAAACUGCUUUAAAGAGUGUAAUUUAAAAAAAAAAAAUCUAAAUAAACGAAACAAAUCUGACUUCAGACAUCAUAAAAGUUGGAUAUUUUCAAGAGAUCUAUACAUAAUACUAAACAUAGAUUUAAAUGUUAUAUAUCAAUGGCGUUAAUUUUUUUUUUGCAACUUCAGCAUGAGAAAAAAAAAUUCAAUUCACAAAUCGAUAUUUGUCCGUCAGAGAUCACUCCAGCCUUUUUGUCUUCUAAAUAAAUGUAAAUUAUUAUAUUUUCUCUGUCCGGUGUUAUGUUGAAAUUCUGUCUUCUCUCCCCAAACUCCCCGCCACAUGGUGCAACAGGAAGCAUGACGAUGGUCCGUGACAUCUCCUUAGCCCACCUCCUGCCCAAGACCAGUGAGUACGUCACGUAUGAGGGCUCCCUUACUCAGCCCGGAUGCUACGAGACGGUCACGUGGGUUCUGCUCAAUAAGCCAAUGAGGAUAUCGAAAGAUCAGGUAAACUUUAAUUACUCCAAAUUUUUUAACCCCUCAUGUAAAAAAAAAAAGGAAAGAUAUGAAAAAGAUUGAUUUCACUUAAUUUAGGUCUGUUUUUCUCAAUGAAAUGACUUUUUUAGAAAUCAACUGAUACUUUUAUAAGCUGGAAUAUAUCCAAGAGCACUUGAAUUUAAAAAAAAAAAGUAAUAACAAAGAGAACUUAUACUGUCCGAUUAUAAUUUAAUUGUAUAAUAAAUUAUCUUUACACUGUCAUCUGAUAUAAAAAAAGAAAAUGUCCUGAAAAAAAUCUCUGUCUUUUACUUGUAUUAUUUGUCACGAGUGGUUUUUUCUCUAAUUUAUUUAUUUAUUUAUUUAUUUAGGCAUUUUUAUAUAGCGCUUAUCAUAAAGCUCUAAGCGCUUUUACAAUUAUUAAAACAUGUAAACUAAGUAAAUACAAAUGAGACACUUGGAUAGUAACUACUAUUCUAUAGAAACAAUGAAAAUGGCUAUAAAACGAGGACACUUUGACACUUCAGGAUCAACCCGAAACAGAAAAUGAGGUAGGGCAAGGAGGGUGCAUCACAGGUCAUAGGCGGACCUAAACAGAUGAGUUUUAAGGGACUUUUUGAAAAUGGACGAGGUUUCACUAUGACGUAUAUGGAAGGGGAGCUGGUUCCAGAACGUGGGCCCAUGGAAGCAGAAGGAGCGUUCACCGAUGGUCUUAGUUUUAGUUCUUGGGAUUGAGAGGGUUCUACUGUCAAUGGAAGAACGUAGUUGUCUUGUGGGGAUGUAAGGAAGCAACAGUUCAGAGAGAUAGACAGGAAAGUGAGGGUCAGUGAACGAGUUGAAGCAAAGAUUGGCAGACUUGUAUUUGAUGCGAGAGGAUAUUGGAAGCCAGUGGAGUUGCCGCAUGUGUGGUUGAAUGUGGUCAUGUUUCUUUGAUUUAAAAAUGAGUCUGCAUGCUGAGUUCUGUGCCUUCUGAAGUUUUUCUAUGUGGUGUUGAGGAAUGCCUGAGAGAAGAAUGUUACAGUAGUCAAAUUUUGAAAGAAUGAGUGAAGAGACGAGAGUUUUUGUGGCAUCAAAGGAGAGGAGGUGUCUAAUGGUGCUGAUUUUUCUAAUUUCGUUAUAUGCUGAUCUGCAUAUAUUCGUGACAUGUUUGUCCAUGGAGAGGGUGUCCGUAAGCGUGACUCCAAGGUUUCUGGCAGAGGGAGAGAGUGUGAUGUCAGAGUUGCCAAUAGAUAUAGAAGAAGGAGCGAAUGGAGGGAGAGGUUUGUUUUGAGAGUGGAUGAGAAGGAUUUCCGUUUUAUCAUCAUUUAGCUUCAGUUUGUUGCAAGUCAUCCAACGCUUUACAUCGUCCACGCACUCCUGUAUGCGAAGGAUUGUGGCAUCAAGUUGAUCAGGAAAGCAAGAGUCACUGAUUUGAGUGUCAUCAGCAAAGGAUUGACUGGAAACUGAGUGGUGGCUAAUGAGAGAUGAUAGAGGUUUAGUGUAGAGGAUGAAAAGGACCGGCCCAAGGACCGAUCCUUGAGGAACUCCAAUAGACAGGGCUGAAGGUUUGGAAGAGCGGUUGGAAAUAGAGACUUUUUGAGUUCUGUCAGAAAGAUAUGAUUGAAACCAGUUUAAAGCUGAGCCAGUAAGUCCGAAAGAAAGAUGAAGGCGGUCAAGAAGAAUCUGGUGGUCAAUGGUAUCAAAUGCAGCAGAGAGAUCUAACAGAGUGAGAAUAGAGAGUUUGCCAUCGUCCAUCGCGCGCAGGAGGUCACUCAUGACUCGGACCAGUGCUGUUUCUGUGCUAUGACCAAGUCGGUAGGCGGACUGAGAGGAAGGAUAGAGAUUGCGAGAAUGAAGAUAGCCAGAGAGCUGAGAGAGUAUGAGUUUUUCUAUGAUUUUUGAGAGAAAGGAGAGGUUGCUGACGGGGCGGUAAUUCUUGAGUGUGUUUGGAUCAAGUGAGGGUUUCUUUAGGAGGGGCAGGACAAUCGACCGUUUAAAAAUGGGAGGGAAUAUGCCAGAGAGAAUCGAAGAAUUUAUGAUGGAGGUGAGUGCUGGGAGGAGGACGUCAAGGCAUUCUACAAGCAGUGGGACGGGGAUAGGAUCGAGGGCACAAGACUUGGGAGCAGACCUGAUGAUGACUCGCCUCACCUCAUCCUCAGUCACAGGCAGAAAACUAUCAAAUGAUUCUGUCUGACUAACGUCCUCCGAGAACGGUGAGGAAGGUGUAGGGGUCGCGCUGUCUAGCUCCUCCCUGAUCAUUUGCACCCUGGUGAUGAAAAAGUCCGCAAAGGCGUCAGGGAGUUGCUCUGGUGCAAUGUCGGUAGGGAGGGUGAAAUUCUUGCUGUUGCCCAGGAGACGGUUACUAGCGCUGAACAACGCCUUGGUUGAUGCACAGGAUUCGACCUUUGAGCUCCAGUAGUCAUCCUUUGCCCUCUGUACAAUCUCUGCCACCGCAUCUUUCGCUGUCCAAAAGAUCUGUCUGUCGACACUCAGUCCAGUCUUUACCCAGCGUCUUUCAGCGCGUCUUCGCACGAGUUUUGCCAGACGGAGUUGGUCACUAACGCCUGCAUACCAUGGCGACGAGCGACCAGUCGGGACACGUCGCGCCAUGGGAGGGGCGUGCUCGUCCAAAAGUGCUCGGAGGCCAUCGUCCAGAUGCUGAGCGCUGAGCUCAGCACCUAGCCCUUGAAGCAUUGUCUUAAUGCCGGCUUUGAAGGCUGCUCUGUCUAUAGCGUUUAUGUCACGCACGGUCCUGUAGACAGGUGGGUUCUUUGGGGGAACUACGUUGAGUGUAGUGAGCACCGCUGCAUGGUCAGAGGAGAGCAUAUGACUCACAGUACAGCUGUCCACCAAGUUGUCGUCAUCACGGUACACCACCCAGUCGAUGAUGUGGCCGCUGCGAUAGUAGGUGGGCUGCUUAAUGCCCUGGACAAGACUAAACCUUGUGAGGAUGUCUAGUACCUUGCUAGUAAAGGGAUCAGUAGGGACGUCAUAGUGAACGUUAAGGUCGCCCACGAUCACACUUGUUCCACGGAGCAGGUUGCAGUAGUCAAGUAGGUCAGGGAGCUCAGAGAGGAAGGUGGAGUUUAGGAGCUUGUUCUUCUUACUGGGCGGAGUGCGGUACAAGCAUAACAUGUUGACAGUGUGGGGCGUGUUGAGGGUGAACUGAACAAGUUCUAGAGAGGUGUGCUGGAAUGGGAAUGUGGAGGUGAAAGUCACUGGGAGGUGGCUACGAUAAAUGACAGCGAGGCCGCCACCUCGCGUAGCACGCGGAAAGGACUUAAUAUCGAAACCCGGUGGCGUGAGGUCAGCACACUUGGCAUCAUCCCCUGUUGAACUCAACUAAGUCUCCGACAGGAACAGCACGUAAACAAAUUCGUCCCUUACGAACUCUAAAUUCCGGGCUCAUCUUUUUCCCACACCAUUUUUUUUUAGCCUUCACGUAUACAUGUUAUUCCUCUUCAAAUUUGAAACGCAAAUUGAUAAAUUAUAGCGUUUUCAUCCUUCAAACUUUGGCAGAGCCACCAUUCAGCGCUUUCUAGCAUUAUUGUGUGCUCAUUCCUAUAACAAAAUAUAAUGCAGCAAUUCUUCAUCUAAUGUUCAAAUAAUAUCCCAUUCCUUUUUCCCCAUGAACUUCGAGAAUACGCCCACAACAAUAUUCACUCCAUCUCGGGGACCCGUAUACAUAUUAUGGGUUUCUUUUGCAUUAAACCAGAAGAUUGUCGUUUUAAAGUCGUUUUGUCGAAAAUGUACUUAAACCUUUGAAAGGAAAUCGUGGGCAGUGACAUCGUUCUGAUAGGUACGCUCUGCUGAAUCAACGUACUGGCAUAUGCGCAACGUUUGGGGAAGCGAUGCGGCUAUCCUAACGGCUCCUGGCGGAUGAUGCCAGGGCAGCCUUGAAACUCUCGAUUGACGUCGAGUCUACGGCGGCUUUGUCCAGGUGGUUCCAAGCGAUGAUUGCGCGUGGGAAGAAUGAUUGUUUACAGUGUCUACUCAUAUUGCUAGUCAUUUGUUGAUAGUAGUAUUAAAAAAUGAUGAAGGCUAUAGUAAUUAGUUAUUUUGUAGACUCUCUUCAUCUAUGUCACAUAUGUCGGUUUCCAUUGUGUUGUUUUGACAGCUGUCGGCCCUGCGGGUCUUGUACAAAGGGAGGGACAACGAACCAGGGAUGUCGCUGGAGAGCAACUCAAGGCCUCUCAUGCCGCUCAACCACCGAGUGGUCAGAACUAACAUCAACACACACAAACGGGUGGGUAUCACCUUGACCAGUCGCAUCGCACAGUCUUACCCGCGCUGGUCAGUUAGGCGACUUAGUCUCUGAUUUGAUCAGGCAUCUGCCUAACCACCAAAUCACUCGAUUCGAUCAGUCACAUGACAUGGUCUCAUUUGAUCUGAUCAGCUAUAUGACACAGUCUGAGAUGAUCUUAACAGUUCAUAUGACACAGUCUGACAUGAUCUUAACAGGUCAUAUGACACAGUCUGACAUGAUCUUAACAGGUCAUAUGACACAGUCUGACAUGAUCUUAACAGGUCAUAUGACACAGUCUGACAUGAUCUUAACAGGUCAUAUGACACAGUCUGACAUGAUCUUAACAGGUCAUAUGACACAGACUGGCUUAUCUUAACAGGUCAUAUGACACAGUCUGAAAUAAUCUGGAUAGGCCAUAUGACAUAGUCUGACAUAAUAAUCUGAAUAGGUCAUAUGACACAUUUCAGGCAAUGUAAUAUGAUCUAUUAAGAUCAUAUUACAUUGCCUGAAAUGAUUUAAUCAGUUAUACGACAGUCUGACAUAAGCUUAUGACAUGGUCUAACUUGAUUUUAGAUCUAUAAUUAAAGAAUAAAAUAUAUAUUUACUAGAUGAGAUUUUCUUUUCAUUUUUUUAAAAUGCGUCCCAAAUUGAAAUUAAAACACUACUUACACCGAAAUGUGUCUUAAAAUUCAAAGAAAAUCAGUGAGUUUAAAACAAAAGAAAAAAUGCUGUCAGUGCAGCAUGUAUUAGGGGCUAUUUUUGGACAAUAAUGUGUUAUUAUACGGCGUUUAUGAUGAACCCACAAAUGUUUCUCUUUCAGACACGCCUAUGCAGCAUGGAGAGGGAUAUGUUCUAUCAAGGUAAAGGUCAUAUAAUGGACUUGGCCGUUUCCCCGAACAGCGUGGACUGUAUAAACAUGACCUUUAAAACAUGACCUUAAAAAAGCAUGAUUUUAAAAACAUGAUCUUUAAAAACAUGAUCUUUAAAAACAUGAUCUUUAAAAACAUGAUCUUUAAAAACAUGAGCUUUAAAAAUAUGAUCUUUAAAAACAUGAUCUUUAAAAACGGACAUGGCAUAAACAGACGUGACGAUCCAAAAAAAACAACAACAAAAAACCAGACUUUACCAGUUCGAACCGGAAAGACCCCGCAACAAUUUUAUCGGGCUCAGACAAGACCAGCUGAAACCAGACCUGACCGACACGCUUUACAAAAGUGCCCUCCCCCCCCCCACCCUUUUUUUUAAAUUAAAAAAAUGUUAUACAAAUUUUGUUUAUAUUAAAUAAUUUUUUUUUUUACUGUACACAGAACAUCGUCUUUCCUUUGUUCGAAACUCUACGUGGCAGCUUUGUANACAAGACCAGCUGAAACCAGACCUGACCGACACGCUUUACAAAAGUGCCCCCCCCCCCCCCCCUUUUUUUUAAAUUAAAAAAAUGUUAUACAAAUUUUGUUUAUAUUAAAUAAUUUUUUUUUUUACUGUACACAGAACAUCGUCUUUCCUUUGUUCGAAACUCUACGUGGCAGCUUUGUAGAAGCUACAGAAAGUUCAUGGCGGUCUUGAUUAUCAAAAUUUAAUCCAACUAACAGCAAACCAGUUUUUAGAAUUAUUAUGAGCCUAAUUAUUUUAUUUUUUUUAAAGAGCCGCUUGAUAUUCAUACUUGUUUUUAUUUAUUUUUUUGUUUGCUUUCUAGUCGAAUGAACACACCAGUGGCUAAGAGUAUCCUCUCAAUGUCUUUUAAGCGAAUUCAUCAGAUCAGAAUCGAUGUUGAUGUUCUGUCGUUAGCUCAGCUAUACCCAAGACUACAAUUACAAAAUACCCAAGACCACCACUGCAUAGUACCCAAGACCACCACUGCACAAUACCCAAGUCCGACAUUAUACCAUACCCAAGACCACCACAGCACAAUACCCGAGACCAAAACUGCACAAUAUCAAAGACCACCACUACACAAUACCCUAGUCAAACACUACAAAAUAUCCCAGUCCAACACUACACAAUACCAAAGACCAAUACUAUACAAUACUCCAGUCCAGCACUACUCAACACCCGAGUCCAACACUAAACAACACUCAAGACCAACGCUAUACAAUACCCAAGUCAACACUACACAAGACCAAGACCAGCACUACACAAUACCCCCAGACCAACACUAAACAAUACCAGAAGAAAAGACAUUUAACAUCUAUGAUUUUCUAUUUUUUAUCCUAGUGAAUAGCCGCUACUUACGAGCAUGAUGUGCGACAUAUGUUUAAACUUAGAAGCAGACACCAUAAGCAGAUAUUAGAGAGAAGAGGGUCAUUCAAGAAACAAAAACUACUAUUCUCAAGCCAUUCAUCUUCUGCCAGUUUUGGAGUGCCUUGGUUAGUUGCAUCUGAAGAUUUUUUAAAAGAUCCUCCACGGGUGAAAAUAAUGACCAACUUUCAAUAUUUUUUUUUAUCUUUCUAGAAUUUUACAAUUUUAAGGAAUAAACCAAAUCGAACAAUUUUAUAUAUACCAUUCAAGAAAAAAAAAAAUUUAAUAAGAUUUGAAUAUGUAGAAAAUCUAUGACAAAUAUUUGAUUUAGGUAAAAUCUAAUUUUAUUUUAUAAUCAUCCCUUAUAUGAGACAUGAUGGUGUGAGGUUUUAAACCUGAAAAUGUAUUUGUACGCCACAUUUUGAAGUGCUUUAAUUUCAUUUAAUUGAUUUCAUGUAAUUGAUUUUAUUUAAUUGAUUUUAAAUCUUGAUUCAAAAAUAACAUGACCUUGAAAUGUUGACGGCGAAAAUACCAAAAUCAUUUGGGAUUUCCAAGGCAAAUCCUUUAUUUUUUUAUAAACCGUUUAAAAAAAAAUACAACUUUUAUUAUAAAUUGAAGGUAUAAAAUUACCAAAAUAUUAGAUUUUAAAAAAUCAUUUUAAUGUUUCGCAAAUGAAUAAUGUUAUUUCUUCGUAAAUUAUUAUACAUAAUUGGAUUUAAAAAAUCUUUGUUAUUGCUAUCUCAUACGUGCCAACCUGUGAGAUAACAAAACUGUCCCUCAAAAGUCUCCCCCCCCCCACCCAAAACAAAAAAAAAACAAAAAAAAAAAUACAAAAAACCAUACACCCCAAAAAAAGAAAAAAAAAAAAAAAAAAAAAAAAAAAUUAUUAUAAAAAAUUGGAUUUAAAAAAUCUUUUUUAUUGCUAUCUCAUACGUGCCAACCUGUGAGAUAACAAAACUGUCCCCCAAAAGUCCCCCCCCCCCCAACCAAAACCAAAAAAAUAAUAAUAAUAAAAUUUUAAAAAACUUUGCACUCAAAAAAAGUAAAAGUAAAAUAAACAAAAUAUAAUUUGUUCUUAUGUUCUUCUUAAUUUUUAUCAAUGUUUGAUAAAAUGAAUGAAUAAAAAAAAAAAGAGAAUAGUCUCCCCUUUGCCGCGCGCACUUUGACCAUGUUUACAUUAUUCGUAAUUGGGCGUAUCACAUCUUUUAAAAGAAAAUAGCUUGUGAUAAGUGCAAUUUUAAAUUAAAAAAUUAUUUUUUUUUCCUCAAAUUCUUUUAUUAUUUUUUUAACACUGGUCAAUAACAAUGUUAUUAAAAAUGGACAGAGAACGAAUUGCGAUUCAUAGCAAUUUAGAUUAGAUGUAAUUAACUCGACAUAAUUCUUCAGUUAAUUAUGCUAGGCUAGAUGUAGUAAUACAGAUUCCUCUAUUUAAUUUAACGAAGAACAAUAAAGUUCGCCCGUCUUGACAAACCUUUUAACUUAAAACCUUAUUUUCCACUGUAACGGGGGAUUUGAGUGAUGCCCUUGUCUUUGUUGUAAUAAAUACGAGUAGUGUCUAAUCAUAAUGCUAGUGUUGAUAGUAGUAUUCCAAAUAGACACUAUUUAAUUAUUUUUAAAAAAAAACUUUUAAGGAACACCCAUGGGCGUCCGCAGGGGGGGGCAAGGGUGGCACUUGCCCCUUGGAUUGAUUGGAUAAUAUUUUUUUUACACAAAAAUAGACAAAAAAUGUAUUAAAGUAAAGAGAAAAUAAAGAGAAAGAAACUAAGCUGUUGUCCUGUCCGUUCGUUCACCAUACAAAUACGCUACAGUAAAUUAAAACUACAUUAAAACAUUACUAAAAAUUUUUUGCCCCCCCCCUGGAAAAUUAAUCGAUUUUUUUUGCCCCCCCCCCUAGAAAGUUUUCUGGGGGCGCCCAUGGGAAUACCUACUAACUAAUUCUGCAGUUCUUGCAAACUCAUUCAAACUCAUUGAUUGACAACAGCUAAAUAUAUUUUAUCUGGAAGAGUUAGGAACGUUAAAGAAAAAUAUUUUUUUUAAGUGUCACUUAAUCGCCUAAGACAAUCGGAAAUCACAUAUACUCUACAAUUAUGAAGUAGCAACGAAAAUAAUUUUAUGGUCGGUGGUCGCUACAACAUGAAGAAUUGUAAUAAAGGGUCGAGGCUUUAGGAAGGUUGAGAACCACUGUCUUAGAGCGUAGUAUGAGCAGCCCCCCUGAAUUCUUGUCCAUGGUCAUGGAGAUAUUUUAAGAUCUAGACAUUUUAACCAUUUUAUUUUACUAACUUAUCUGAUUCAAAAGUUCAAUUCAUGAUGCAACCUAUUAUCUCUAUGUAACAUAAGGUGUAUGCUUAGUCUGAGAGCAAUUUCAUGAUUAUUCUAUUGGCCUGUAGCAGCUGUUCUUGGUGCUUAAAUACACACGGAACGUGAUGAUAUUUCUGAAUGUUGCCUUGUUUCAAAUCUAUUAUUCAUCGAUCAUAUUUCAUGUUUGCGAUAGUCGCUCAUUUUUCAAUGUUUACGUUGAUAUUUGAUGAAAUAAGUUCACCAUUAGAUUGUGCUGCAACCCUACCCAAGAGGCACUUGCUAAUAGACAAAUAAAGUCGUGUGCGAACCACAAGCGGCAACGGAUAAGAUAACAUGAUGUUAAGCUUAAGUAAUUAAAUCAGUAUCAUCAUCUCACAUAACUGUUAAGUAAUGGGCUCAUUCUUAUUAAAUGCGUAGCUCUGUGGUCGUUUACUCUGGGUAACGCAUGAAUUAAAGAUGUUAAUUAUUGUGUAAAUGGAUUGAUCAAUAAAUUAGAGCAGACGUCCCCCAUCUCAUGGCUUGCAUGCGGCUCUCAAGUACAUUAAAAAAAAAAAAAAGACUUUAAAUUUUGGUGAGAAAUCACUAGCGUCUGGAUCCGUCUGAAAUGCCCCCAUC